AUGUAUUUGGAAUUGCUGGAAGACAUCAUUGAUCCAACGUUAACUAAUAUUAUCGAGAAUGAUGAGCAUUAUCUCGAAAAUCAAUUGAUAUUCCAACAGGACGAAGCUCCUCCGCAUUAUGCACGGCUCGUUCGUGAGUAUUUGGGUAAAACUUUUCCGGGUCGUUGGAUCAGAAGGAGAGGCCCUAUUGAAUGGCUUCCUCUGUCUCCAGAUUUGUCGCUAUUGGAUUUCUUUUUGUGGGGUGACUUGAACAGUAAAAUUUAUGCAACGCAACUAGCUUCUUUAGAAGAUUUACGUCAACGUAUCAUCAACGAAUGCCGUCAAAUCACCCCACAAAUGCUUCAGAAUGUGCGACAACAUUUCGAGCAGAAUCUCUAUUAUUGUAUGGAAGUCGGUGGUCAACAUUUCGAACAAUUACUACGCUAA